AUGGCUCUUGUUUUGCGUUAUGUUGAUAAGAAUAGUGAAGUAGCAGAGCGAUUUGUUGGUCUUGUCCAUGUUAGUGAUACAUUGGCAUGCUCAUUGAAGGAAGCAAUCUACUCUUUGCUUUCGGAGCACUCACUAAGUCCAUCACAAAUACGUGGACAAGGUUAUGAUGGAGCUACUAUUGCUAAAAAGCAUUUGGAUGUUAAAGUCUUCUUUUGUCAUGUUACUAACGUAUUGAAUGUCAUUGGAAGAUCUUUUAAGCGCAGAGAUUUGCUUCGACUUCUUCAAGAUGAAAAGUUGGAGCAAUUACUUGAGUCCGUGAGUAGUGAUUUGCUUCUCGGGAUGGCUAGCUUGAAUCCAACCAAUUCUUUUGCUAAUUUUGAUAAAGGUAGAAUAAUGACUUUAGCAAAAUGUUAUCCAAAUGAGUUUGAUGAGGUACAGAUUCGAGACUUGAGUUAUCAACUUGAUACUUUUAUAAUUCAUAUGCGAGCUGGUAAUCCCAAGUUCUCCAACUUACAAGGAAUUAGUGAUUUGGCAAAAGCAUUGGUUGAGGCAAAUCUUGUAGAGACUUAUUCGUAUGUUUAUUUACUUGUGAAAUUGACUCUGAUUUUACAUGUUGCUACCGCAAUUGUGGAGAGAGCAUUCUCAUCCAUGAAGCAGAUAAAGAAUGAAGAAUGGAAUAACAUGGGUGACCAAUAUUUAAAUGAUUGUUUAGUUUGUUACAUAGAGCGUGAUGUAUUCACAAAU